AUAACAAGGACGUGUCGGUGAUGAUCAGCGAGAUGGACGUGAACGCCAUCGCAGGCACGCUGAAGCUGCACUUCCGUGAGCUGCCCGAGCCCCUCUUCACUGACGAGUUCUACCCCAACUUCGCGGAGGGCAUCAGUGCCCCUCACACGGUCCUCACUGGUGGCCAGCGCUGUGGGUGUGACGAUGUGACGAGCCUAAACUGCACAAGGACUCGUGUCCCGGGCGCUCCAUGUGACCACCUCGGGAGAGGUCUCCAGCUUGUUGUAACCCAGAGGAGUAACCCACCCCCUCCUGCAGCUCUUUCAGACCUGGUUGCAAAGAAGAGCUGCAUACUCAACCUACUGCUAUCCCUGCCGGAGGCCAACCUGCUCACCUUCCUUUUCCUUCUAGACCACCUGGAAAGGGUGGCAGAGAAGGAGGCAGUCAAUAAGAUGUCCCUGCACAACCUCGCCACUGUCUUUGGCUCCGAGCUGCUCCAGCCUUCCGAGAAGGAGAGCAAGCUCCCUGCCAAUCCAAGCCAGCCUAUCACAAUGACUGACAGCUGGUCCUUGGAGGUCGUGUCCCAGAUCCAGAUACCUAAUAAGAUGCUGGAAUGUAAUCCCUGGACAAUCCGUGUCCUGGCAGCAUUUGGUCUUCCUCUAAGCGCCUGGCUUCGCUGUUCUCAGGAGUGGGUUCUCAAGUCUCUGGAGAACAGGAUACGUGGAGGGUUAGGAAGCGGUCAGGCCUAGAGACGGGAGACUCCCUCCCAGAGCAGGUGGAGGCACAGGACCAUUUGCUACCCCAUCUGCCGGCACCUGCGGGGGAGCCCAGGCAUUCUUUGUAAACCCUCCUGACCACCUGGCUAAAGAAAACAGAAGCUUGGAGGCCGCCAAGUAUUUUCAAGAAAUAACCCCAUGAACAUUGCAUCACUGUUUUAGAAAAAGGGGCUUGGAGCAGGCAGAGAAGAGAAGGGAGAGCAAACUGAGGGCCAAGUUUCCAGACGGUCCUGCAGGAGGAGAGGAUGCAGCUGCCCAGAGGGAAGCAGGAUCACAUUUAAGGAAGUGUGUGGGGUCCCUGGAUGACACCAGCACCCAGUGCGACUCUGGCGACCGCUCCCAAGGCGGGAGGAGUGGGUGCCCCUGUGUGUCAGUGGGCAGCUCCUGCUGAGCCCGCAGCUCGCUGGGGAGCCUGACAGCGGGGCCGUGCGCCUGACACUCCUCACUGCUUGUGGACCUGGCGAGGCAGGGAGCAGAAAACAGAACCACUUGAAGGCUUUCUGUCUGCCUCUGUGUGCAGUGUGGAUUUAGUUGUGCUUUUUUCUUGCUGGGAGAGCACAGCCACCAUUUACAAGCAGUGUCACCCUCGUGGGUGGUGAGGACAGAACAGGAGCCUCUGCUCUCUGUACCUAUCUGGGCCCGGUGGGCUCCCCUGUCCUGGCUUCCAUCUCUGUCUCAGCGACCAUCCAGCCCUGUGCAGGAACACAUGUUGCUUAGAAAAGCCAAAUCCAGCCCUUGUCUCGGUCUCCUCUGGUCUCAUGAUGUGCAUCUGUUACCUUGAAACUGGAAACCAGUCUAUCGAUGUCUGUGCCAAUUUUUGUUCCCUCCCCAACCUCCUUCCCCAUACGACUUUUUAUUUACGUAGGAUGUGUGCUGUCUAAUGAUGGGAUGACCACACUUUUCCACGUUCUAAAAGUGCUCCUCUCCCGCAGGGCCCCAGGGCUGAUGGUUGCUUUGGGUCUACAGCUACGUCUUACCCGCCUCCUGCCUCAAAAGCCUGUGUGGUGGCAAAGCCGGUGCGGGGCUGGGGAACACGGCGUUCUCCAGGAGGGGGACCCGGCUCUCCUUCUGCAAUGCAGGCAAAGGCCUAGAUGCCAGUGUGACCUCCCACAAGGCAUGGCUGCCAGACUCCCCAACCAGAAGUGAUGCUUUUUUGCCUCAGGCCCUGGGUUUGCAGCAGCCUGGCUUUCUCUCGGUAAGUGGCUGGUGUCUUAGCAGCUGCAAUCUGAGCUCAGCCACCUACACACCACCGUGGGGGAAAGAACUGCCGACACUUUCAUUAAAAAGUUUCCUGAGACGA